UCGCCCUCACCUAUCUCCCCAAUACAGAUCAACCAAAAAUCGCCACCAAAAAUCCCCAAUUCCAUCGUCGUCGAUGUCGGGGCGCGGCAAGGGAGGGAAGGGUCUCGGCAAGGGCGGGGCGAAGCGGCACCGGAAGGUGCUCCGCGACAACAUCCAGGGGAUCACGAAGCCGGCGAUCCGGAGGCUGGCGAGGAGGGGCGGGGUGAAGCGCAUCUCGGGGCUCAUCUACGAGGAGACCCGCGGGGUGCUCAAGAUCUUCCUCGAGAACGUCAUCCGCGACGCCGUCACCUACACCGAGCACGCCCGCCGCAAGACCGUCACCGCCAUGGACGUCGUCUACGCCCUCAAGCGCCAGGGCCGCACCCUCUACGGCUUCGGCGGCUAGGAGCCUUUUGCAUUGUGUUUGUCUUGUUAGGAAUCUGCUUGUUUCGGAUGUAGCCCUGUAUCCUGUAAUGAAGAAAAUGCUAGCAGUAAAACUUGUUUGAAUUCACCUAUGAAUCUAGUGCGAAAUUCUGCAA